GUUCGGUUGUUCCUCUUUCUUUCUCUCUAUACCCAAGAGUUAUGUCUUCUUCACUUGGGUUUUUGCUUGCUUCCCUCCAGGAUUCGUGUAUCCACAGUUGAGGGAAACAGAGAAAGGUCUGGAUACGAUUCUUCAUCAUUUUCAGGAGUUGCUGUUAAAUUUAGAAGAAAAUUGGUUUUCUUGCCAACACAGAGAAAUAAUUACAGCCGUUUCAUGACCCCAAUUGUUAUUAGCUGUCAUCUCAUCCUCCUUCCUCUCAUCUUUCAAUACACCUUUGCUCUUCUCAAUAUCAAUAACUCUCUUCUCUGUUCUUCUCUAAAAAGAGAAUCUCUUAACUUGUUUUGUUUUGUUUUGUUAUUUAUAGAAUACAGAGAGAUAGAUAGGCCAUAACCAGGGUGUCUCUUUUGCAUGCCAUGCAAACCUAAUUUUUGAUAAUUCCAAAUCCUCUCUUUAGUCAGUCAUCCUCUUAUCUCUCUCUAUUUCCAACUAAUUUUUUCUGUCUCUAGAAAUCAUCUCCCCCUUUUCUUUUUCUUUCCUUUAUAUAAGACCAUGCACUUUUUCUCAUCGAUCUUAUUCAAGUCUAGAUCUCCACCCCUUUUUUCCUCUUCAACUACAAUGGAAACAGCUACAAAUUCACAGGAAGAAGAAACAGGUCUUAAAUCAUUAACAUCUCCAUUAAAUCAUAAUCAUUCAUCUAUGAUCAACAGAUUCAAUAUCUCACCUCAAUCGUCAUCAGCUUCAUCUUCUUGUACAUCUCCAUCUUCUCCUGUAUCUAUAUCUCCUUGUUGUUCUUCUUCUUCAUCAUCAUCUUCUUUUCAUAGCGUUGAUGAUGAUGUUACAGUUUCAACUGAUGAAACCCCUGUCACGAAUCAUCAUCACAAGCAGGAAGAGGAAGAGACUACAGAGAAACCCUUUUAUGAUCAUAGAAAGAAUGUGAUCAUUGUAAGAAAUCAAAGGUCGGGAAUAAGGAGGGAGUUUCCACCACCGAUACCAUUACUCGCAAGAACAGAGAAUUUACCAUGUCAUAUGCCAUGGGUACUGAAGAGAUCAUAUAAAGAUGGAAGAUUGGUUAUAAAAGAGGUUAAUGUGAAGCAUCAUGAGUAUUUUAGGGCUCAUAGAUCUAAUGGCCGUCUUACUCUUCAACUAAUGCAUAUGAAUCAUCUCACUAUUCAUCCUCCUCCCAAUGAUACGUCUUCUACUACUCCCACAACUGAUGACAUUGAAGGAGAAGAAGACGAGGAGGAAGAAGAACAGGAGGAAGAAGACAAUGUAGAUAUAAAUGAUUUAGUUGAUUUUGAUAAUGACGAUAAAGAUGAAAAAAAUAAUGAGGAUAAUAAGAAGGAUGAUGAUGAAAGUGAUGGGGUAUCAUCCGAACAAGAACAAGGAUCGGAUGAAGAGGAAGAAGCAGAGAAAGUAGAGAGGCCUUCGGCUGACCCACUCCAUCAUAUUCGACAGCGGUUUAGGCCAUUAUUGUCAUCAGAACAACCAUCAUCGUCAUUACCACAAUGUCAGAUUCAUGAGACGAGAGAAGGAAAACAAGACUUUGACGGUGAAAUCUUGAGAAACUGUUCACAACCACUGAUACUAGCUUCAUCGUUGCCAGAGGGGAGAGUACGUGGGAUGUGUCAACCAAAUGACUAUAGAAAAUCAAAUCUUUUUCGACUGCCAAUAGUUUCAGUUCGGCCGGUGCAUAGUUAAUCAAACUAGUCUAGCUAGGGUUAGAAAGGCUAAGCUCUGAAGAAUAACGAUGACAUUUUGAGAUGUUUUGUAGCAGUUAAUAAUAUCAUGAUUAAAAUAUUUUACAUAAAUUUUUGUGGA